CGGACCUGGCCUUGACUUCCUUACCAGAACCUUCAUCUUUCAUCAUCGUCAGCCACGACGACAAGAAACGACCUGUUCAACGACGUUUGGCCUUCUGCCUUUGUUUCAAUCUGGAUAUCAUCACCUGUGAUACACAGUAGAGCAGUUGCCCUUCCAACAGUCUUUCUCUCAGACUGGACACGACCUCGACAAUGCAGCCUUCAACAUAUGACAUUCAGCGUGAGGUCGAAGCCCUCAGAGACAUACGACGACGAUCUACAACGCCAGGAGCGCUCACCAUUGACCCUGACCUGCCUAAUCAAACCUCGCCAGCGUCGUCGACAUACUCUUGGUCAGGAGGAUCAACAGCGGACGAUUCAUCCAGCAGCUCCAAUGAAGAUGGAUCUAGCAGUAGCACUGGUCAUACAACAGUAGAGACUGAUAAUCCUACAGAUGAUCCUUUCCAUCUCUUCUGGGUCCCUGCCAGUGUUCAUCCCGAAAUCGCUCCGGCUGAAUUUCGCGAAUUCCUCAGAGAACAUUCUCGCUCACCACCUCCUGUAGAUGGCGCUCCAGUCAGCAGAUCAGGCUCCCUUUCUUCGCUCUCCGCAGGAGGACUUGGGAGGAAGAAAUCCAUGCUCAGUCGCCAAUAUAGACCUUCGGAAAAUGACGGUGUCGAAGAACAAGACGAACGAAUAGUUCCCCUCAGUCGCACUCGGAGCACUCGCUAUGUUAAUCAAGGCCCUCAACUCACCAUAAGCGACCUUCAGAAGCUGGAGCAACUGGCAGAAGAAGCUUCUGAGAGCGAUGAUCCCUCAAAGUUGAGAAAUAUCUUGCGAAGAAGUCUUAGUCUAAAUAUCUCUCCGACUGCCAUAGAGCAGAUGAAGAACAUGCCAGAUAUGGGCGACGAGGCUGACGCCCCCAUUAUCAUACCUCCUCGUGGUCAGAUCUUGAGGCGAACCAAUCGCACGAAAAUUCGGAAGCCUGCUCUACCUGGUGAUGGUGGAGGCCAUCGCUUUGGAGCCUCCAGACGUGGUGGACGCUCUGCCGCCGCUGCCGCUGCCGCCAUUACCACCACUACAACUUCAGAGCGCACAUCCAGUGACUAUUCAUCUAGCGACCACGAGCCAGAGGUUAGACCCAGAUUACUUAGCAACGAGUUUCCACCCGUGAGGCCAGAGUCUUUCAGUGAGGAGACUUCAAUCUAUGAUGCAUAUGUGAAUGAAGAGGAAGAGGUGUAUCCUUCUACUGUCGUAGUAACUACAUCCCCGCCUCCUCAAGAAGCGCCACGAGUGUCAUUGCAGCAGACACCCGCAGCUAAUCCCCCGCCAGAGCCAGAGCCAAUCUCAGUUCAACCUCUACCUGAUGUUGACGUCGAAGCAGUCCUGGUUCAGCCGGCACCUGACGCUGUGCUUCACCAGCCCCAGCCACAAAGGCUUCUAUCUCCUCAGGUCAUUUCUGAACCAUCACCACCUCCAGGUACUCCCUCUCCUCCUUCUUCGCCUAUCACCGAACCACCUGCGGCACCUCUUUCCUUCCUCUCCAGUCCCCCGCCGCCACAUCAACAUCAUCGCAAGGAAAAGGACAAGAAAGGCCUUUUUGGGAAGUGGGGUUCAGACAAGGGCGGGAAAAAAGCAAAAGAUCAUGCCAGAAGCGAAUCCGCAGAAAAAGAGAAAGAGAAGGAUUCGGGAUUCUUCGGGUCGCUGUUUGGUGGAAAGAAGAGUAAAGAUUCAGAGAGUUUUGCAUCAACAUCCUCCGCGCAUGGUCAUACCGCUGGACGAGAGGCUGCGCAGGCACUACUUGGAGCUAGCAAAAGUUCAAAGAGCUACCAACCACCUCCUUCGCCAGGUGCUCAGGCUAUCAACAACUAUUCGCGCUAUCCCAUACAUGUCGAGCGUGCCAUUUACCGGCUCAGUCAUAUCAAAUUGGCUAAUCCGCGCCGACCGCUCUAUGAGCAAGUGCUGAUUAGUAAUUUGAUGUUCUGGUAUUUGGGCGUUAUCAACAAGGCUCAGAACCCAACGGCUAAUGGGCAGACUGGUGUCGGCCAGACAGCAGCAGGAGGGGCCCCGAAUCCGACUGACAAAGAACAGCAAGAAAAGGAACAGAGGGAAGCGGAACAGAAGGAGAAGGAACGGCUGGAACAGGAACGGCAGGAACGAGAACAACGGGAGCAACGGGAACGGGAAAUGGAGAUGAAGAAGCAGAAGGAAGCUUUGCCGAAACGAGGACCUCUAACGAAACCAGCCCCGAUGGGUACAGGAGGUGGUAGAAGGGCCGAGAUACCUAUCCGAGGCCCUCAGUACGAGAUGCAACACCGAGAGAUGGAGCAAGCUUAUGGUGGAUACGCUGGAUAUAAUAGUGGGCCAACAUCACAGCAGGGCAUGCCUCAAGGACGAAGGUCCCCUGGCCAAGGUCAACGCGCUUCGCCAUCUCCACAAAGUGCUCCGCGCCUUGUACAACCGGCAGAUUCGCAGACUCCCGAUAAUUUCUACUACUCACCAGAUGCGGCCCAGAGUCAGCCUCAGCAAUCGGUGUAUGCCCAACAACAUCAGCAACAACGGUUACCUCCUGGUGCAAUGCCACCAGUGGAGAAAUCCAAUUGGGCUACUCCUGGUGGCCCGAGGCAGUCCAACUCAUCGCCGCCACCAAUACUCGGAUCAAACCCCCAACGACGCUCGCAGUCGCCUCCGAACGCCUUCAGCCAGCAGGGAGCAUAUGGUAAUAAUAUGUCGACUGGUGGGGGUCGAACGCCUGGACGAUCAUUAUCAGCCACUGCAGUUCCUUCUCCUUCGCCCCCCAAUGCGAACGGAAGGAUACGCAAAGGAGUUAGCGCUCAUGCAGUUCCUUCAAAAGCCAGACCACGUACGCCUGAAAGCCCCUUACUUGCGUACCCAACAAAUGGCGUGGCGGAAGAAGAGGAUGUACCUCUGGCUGUCUGGCAACAGCAGCGAAAGCGAUGAAAGUUUCUGUUGUACAUCCUCCGUCUCCUUCACUUUGUAUCUCUCUGUCCUUCUGCUUCUCCGCAUCUAGAUUACAAUAUGAGUGGAAUUUUUCGUCGUCGUCGACAUCAU